GAGCCCCAGGGCAGGCCCGACACGUCCACCCCGAAACAACGCGAGCUCGUCGCGCGCGUCAAUCGCGCCAAGGACUACUACGACAUAUUCGAGUGCGACAAGUCCGCGUCCGAGGCGGACCUGAAGAAGGCGUACAGGAAGCUCGCGCUGCAGCUUCAUCCCGACAAGAACACCGCGCCGGGCGCGGAGGAGGCUUUCAAGAAGGUGAACAAGGCGUGGGACGUGCUCAGCGAUAAGAACAAGCGAUCGACGUACGACAUGUUCGGC